AUACGAAAAAAAGGCCGAGACUUUGUUUUUAGUGGUAGAAGAAACUACGGAAAUCACGUCGAUUUGUUGUUUCAUAGCAUUCUUAGUAGCAUGAGAGGAGAUAAGGCAAAGGCUGACAAGAAAAGUGAAUGUAUUACACGGGAUUAUACGAUCCAUGUGUCCAAACUUGUUCAUAAAGUUCAAUUCAAAAAAAGAGCACCUCGAGCUAUUCAAGAAAUAAAGAAAUUCGCUCAGAAGGCUAUGGGAACUACAGAUGUACGUAUUGAUACAGGUUUAAACAAGUUUAUUUGGUCAAAGGGUGUUCGUUAUCUUCCUACACGCGUUCGUGUCCGAUUAACGCGUCGAAAAAAUGACGAAGAAGACGCUGAGGAAAAAAUGUACACUGUUGCUCAAUAUGUUCCAGUAGAUAGUUUCAAAGGUCUUACGACUGAAACGGUAGAAGAACUACAGCUUCAAGUAUAACGUUUGAUUAUACCUACACACUAAAAAUUAACACUAUGACCUUGUCUUGAUAAAAAUAUGCUAUUAAAAACAAUCGUUGAGAAAGUGAAAAAUUUAAUUAAAAUAACUACAUGUUUGUUUACAAUCC